CUUCUCUGGAUGUUCUGUUCUCCUCGGUAUAACUUGAAUUUCGUGCACCCUGGUUUAACUGUCCAUAUCUCCUCUGAUUCUUUAUUUGACGCAGACCUGAUCCUCCUCGGAAAUCUACAACAUGUCUUACGCUGAAGCCGCUGCAAAAGGGCCCAAGCAAUCUCCGGAUGAGGCCCGCGCCCCCCAAGUCGACCGAGUCUACAAGGACGAGUCCGAAAGUACCGCCUCCCUGAUUGACGUUGACUCUCCGCACGUUACAGCAGUGGACUCCAAUUUCCGGGAACAGGAAGUCAAAACUACUACUCAGGCUGAACGUAUAGAAAGAGAGGAAGCAGAGGCCCAAAAAGCCCGGGUGAAGAAGCAGAAGCCGAAGUCGAAGGCCACCUCGAGCGUGAGUCGCAACAAGGGCAACCCCGUUUUUGUUGGAAAUGCUGCUCUCCUGGCGCUUGUAGGUGCAGGGCUUGGGUUUGGUGCGUACAGAAAGCACGUCGAGGGCCAGCUGUCGUGGCAGGUUGUUGGUCUUUGGACAGGAGCUGUCGGUGCCUUUGGUGCAGUCGACUAUUUUGUCAGCAAAUGGCUUCUCCAGAACAAGUAUCCCCCUAAAUAAGGCGCUGGAUAGUCCCAGUCGAUCUUUGUUUCAGAUACUUCAUACAUCCUUUUGCCUUGAUGUCGGAGUGUAUGGAUAUAUAGUGUUGGGCGCUUUGGUGCACUUCUAGUUUUUUUGAUGCCAUUUAUUAACUCUCAAAUCAUCCAGAUGUUUCAGAAAUCUAUGAUAUUUAACCUUCAAGUGAAUAGUCCCGUGUUAGUACCUGAUUUGCAGCACUAGAC